UAUUUUGUGCCAGUGAUUUCAUGAAUGAUUGAUUGUACUAGCGAAAUAAUGAGACUGCUCGUUCAACUUCUACUUCUGGUACUGGUGGUGGAGGGUUCAUUGGGCGGUUGGCGCGAGCCUUGUGGCUCCUAUGGAUGCCCACAUCAGCCUCGUUACGAGCCUUUCGUUCCUGCACCACCCGGUCACACGCCCCAUUGCGCCAAGCCCGGGCAAACCUUCUGUGAAACACUUGAGCAUUAUCCAAAGCAAUUGAUUAAAUUCCUAGUGGACAAGUGCAGCUACGACUUCUCGUCAAUCCUGAGGGACGAGUCUCACUACGGCUUCAACGUUUACAGAGGAAAGCCCGAUUACAAUCGCGGAUACGUGUAUCCGAGGCAGGAAGUACAGAAGUUUUACAGCCAACCGACUGUUCCGUCUUCGUACCCCAUCGUCAGCCAGUCACCCGUGGUUUAUGGUGCAGCCGCCAAUGACAGUGGGCACGAGGGGUACGAGUAUCGAGCGCCUGCUGAUAAUCAACACAAUCCACUACUUCUGGAUAAUUUGACGCAGUAUCAGGGAGGACAGACUUUUCCACCGGAAUGGCUGACGAACAAACACACAAGGCGAGAAACGACAAUUCCAAAUCGUUCCCACCGUGAGAAUCCUUUCCUACCACCAAACAAUCACAAUCGUGCCAAGCGACAAGCGCCCUCCGAAGUGAUAUCCCUCUGCGAAACAAACUCCCAAUACCUAAUGCCCCGAGCAGCCCUGAACAAUCGUGGCAACUGGAUGUACGUUGUUAAUCUACCCGAGACACGUGAAAAGUACUCGCAAUUGGUGAAGACUGAAACAUGCUCAACGACAACGUGCAACGGUUUGUGCUCACUGCCCGAGGGCUAUGUGAGUAGAUGUGAGCAGCAGUAUGUCCAGAAGCGAUUGGUGGCACUCGAGGGCAGUGGCGAUCGUCUCUACACCGAUGUCUUCUGGUUUCCCCAUGGAUGUGCAUGCCAAGUUGUCCAGAAUUUUUAGUGCCAAAGAGUGUGGACUCAAUUGUUAAUUAAGAUAAUUAAUCCUAUAGUUUUUGAGAACACGCGGAGGAAAAAGUUGGAGAAAAUUACCGGAAAAGUGCGAGACGAAUAGUGAAUUUUUCU